CUUGCAGGUUUCUGUGAAACCAGACAAAGGUGUAAAGCAGCUCUGCACUUCUCUGCCUGAAGAAUCAGCUGUUACCAAGUUGGACUGGAGGCUCUUCAAGGGUGAUCACAGGGCAAUACCUGCAGAAAACAUGGCAGCCCAGGUGAAACCUCCCUGGGGGGAAUUCCUGCACUCCUUAUUUCCGUGCUGUUUCAGAAAAAGUGAUCAACCACAAAUCAUCACCCCAAUGAUGGAGCUGAAGCCCGCACAGCCAAUGCCUAACCCACAGGAGCUGAACUCCAAGUUCAGUGAGCUGGUGGAUGAACUGGAGCUCUCAGAGGAGCACAGAAAAGCCAUGUUUGCUCUGCCAGCUGAGAAGAAGUGGCAGAUUUACUGCAGUAAGAAAACGGAAGCAGAUGAGAAAGGAGCAACUAGUUGGCCCGAGUUUUACAUAGAUCAGAUCAACUCCAUGGCUGCUAGAAAGUCUCUGCUGGCAUUAGAAGAUGAAGAUCAGAGCAGGCAGAAGGUCAUUGAUGGUCUGAAAACAGCACUACGAACUCAGCCAAUAAGGUUUGUAACAGGAUUCAUUGAGCUGGAUGGUCUCUCCUGCAUCCUGAACUUUCUCAAGUCAAUGAACUACAAGACAUCUGAGUCUCAGAUCCACACAUCUCUGAUUGGCUGCAUCAAAGCCUUAAUGAACAGCUCUCAAGGCAGAACUCAUGUCUUGGGACACUGUGAGAGUAUUAACAUCAUUGCACAAAGUCUGGCCACCGAAAACAUCAAAACCAAGGUGGCUGUUUUAGAGAUUCUUGGAGCUGUGUGUUUGGUACCAGGAGGCCAUAAGAAGGUCCUUGAGGCUAUGCUGCACUUCCAGGAUUUUGCCUCUGAGAGAACUCGUUUCCAGAACCUGCUAAGAGAUUUGGACCGAUCCACCGGCCGUUACAGAGAGGAAGUCAGCUUGAAAACGGCCACCAUGUCCUUCAUUAAUGCUUUACUCAGCCAGGGAGCUGGAAAGAACAGUCUGGAGUUUCGGGUCCAUUUACGCUAUGAACUACUGAUGUUAGGCAUUCAACCAAUCAUUGACAAAAUGCGGUGCCAUGAAAAUGCCACCCUGGACAGGCAUUUGGACUUCUUUGAGAUGUUGAGAAGUGAAGAUGAACAUCAGAUGUCUGCACGCUUUGAUGUUGUCCAUGUGGACUCUAAAAGUGCAAGCCAGAUGUUUGAUCUCAUCAGGAAGAGAGUGAACCAUACUGAAGCGUACUCUCACCUGCUGUCUGUCCUGCAUCACUGUCUCAUGAUACCCUACAAACAGCGUAGGACCACACUGCAGUACUGGUUGUUGUUGGACCGGAUUGUUCAGCAGCUGGUUCUGCAGACAGACAAAGGUGAUGACCCUGACGUUACUCCUCUGAACGACUUCAAUGUCAAAAAUAUUCUGCGCAUGCUGGUUAAAGAAAAUGAGUUGAAAAAAUGGAAAGAAGAAGCUGCUGAAAUGAGAAAAGAUCAUCAAAACCUUCAACAACGUUUGGAAAGGAAAGAGAGGGAGUGUGAAGCCAAAAAUAAAGAGAAGGAAGAUGUGAUGGAGACAUUAAACAAGAUGAAAGACAAACUGGAACGAGAAAGCAGCGAGCUGAAGCAAGCUAAAAAACAGGUAGAAGAACUGUCUGCACGCCUGCAGCAGCUCAGCUCCACCUCCAUUGUUCCAGGAGGACCUCCAGUGACCUCUGCUAGUUAUGUUCCUCAAGUUCCCACCUCAUCCACUAAGCCACCUCCACCUUCCCCAGGAGGUCCCCCAGCCUCUGGAAUGGCUUCAUUAGCCCCUCAUCCUCCUCCUCCACCUCCUCCCCCUCCCCCAGGAGCUCCGUUAGGAACAUCAGAGAAGAUGAAGAACAUUCCUCAACCAUCUAACCCACUGAAGUCCUUCAACUGGAUCAAACUUCCACAGAUCAAGAUAGAAGGAACCAUCUGGAAAGAAAUUGAUGAUUUGGAAACGUUCAAAGUCCUGGAUCUGGAGGAGUUCCAGAAGAUGUUUUCAGCUUACCAGCGUUCAACAAAAGAUGCAGAGGAGGAAAUUUCUGUGAGGAAAGUGAAGGAGCUGUCAGUGAUAGAUGGUCGCCGAGCUCAGAACUGUAACAUUCUGCUGUCACGGCUCAAGAUGACCAAUGAGGAGAUCUGUUGUGCCAUCCUGACCAUGGAUGAACAAGAGGAGAUCCCCAAGGACAUGUUGGAGCAGCUUCUGAAAUUUGUUCCUGAGAAGAGUGACAUCGAACUUUUAGAAGAACACAAACACGAGCUGGACCGUAUGGCUAAAGCGGACCGAUUCCUGUACGACGUGAGCAGAAUAAAUCACUACCAACAGAGACUGCAAGCUCUUCACUUCAAGAAGAAGUUUACUGAACGAGUGGCUGAGGUCCAACCAAAAAUCACAGCUCUUAGUCUCGCUUCUAAAGAGGUGGUCCAGAGUCCAGCUCUCUGUCAGCUUCUUCAGGUCAUACUAGCCUUUGGAAACUACAUGAACAAGGGACAAAGAGGAAAUGCCUAUGGGUUCAGAGUGUCCAGUCUCAACAAGAUGGCUGACACUAAGUCUAGCAUCGACAGAAACUUCACGCUGCUGCACUACAUGAUCUCUGUGCUGGAGGAGAAAUUUCCAAAAGCUGCCAUCUUCAGCGAGGAGCUACAGAAUGUUCCAGAAGCUUCUAAAGUCAAUUUGACUGAACUUGAAAAGGAAAUUAGCAUUCUGCGGUCUGGGCUGACCAGCAUCAAGGCGGAGCUGCAAUACCAGCAGGCACAAUCUUCCCAGUAUCCAAUGGACAGGUUUGUUCCUGUGGUCAGCCAGUUCAUCACGGUGGCAUCCUUCAGCUGUUCUGAUGUGGAGGACUCCUUACAAGAUGCCAAGGACCUGUUUCUGAAGGCAUUGAGACAUUUUGGAGAAGACUCAUCCAACCUGCAGCCAGAUGAAUUCUUUGGCAUUUUCAGCACUUUUUUGGCAGCAUAUUCAGAGGCACAACAAGACAACAAGGACAUGGCUCGACGGCGUGAAGAAGAGGAGAAACGGGCACUAAUGGAGGCUCAGAUGAAGAAGGAACGGGUGCUGAAGAUGAGGAAGGCUGCUGGAAAUGAAGAAGAGGAGGGUGGAGAGUUUGAUGACCUGGUGUCUGCCCUGCGCUCAGGGGAAGUGUUUGACCAGGGUCUGUCCAAAAUGAACCACAGAAAGCCAAGGAAACACAAAGAGGUUGUGAGCGGCCGAGAAAGACCAGUCUCUAAACUGAAUAUGGACGAGGAUGCUUGUGAACCAUAGCAGCUCACUGGGAAUGAAUUGUGUCCACCAUGUUUAUCAUAUAAACACAAUUUAAAACUCAUCCAGAAGCUUCAGGCAGGGACCUAAUCCGCUUAAACAGGUUUCUGCUGGUCACCCAUAGCAGCCUGCGCGCCUGUCUCCAGUAAAGACCUGCCUUUGAACUCCACAAUAACAUCUGAAUUCCUACUGGGAGGCUGAUAAUUAUUGGAUCAGGGCCGUAACCACCUAUACGUUUUAUAAGUGAGGCCUCCUCACCAUCUCUUCAGCUAUUCAGGGUCAAACAAUGACUUGUAAUGAACUGGCGUUAGGCCGUGAGCUCAAGCCUAGGAAUCCUAAUCACACAUGGGCUGUUAUCCUGCAUGUUUUAGUUGUUUUCCUGCUUCUGCACAGCUUCAUAAGAUUUUGAACAGUUGAUUCUAGCUUUGAAGCAGUGUGUGUGUGUGUGUGUGUGUGUGUGUGUGUGUGUGUGUGUGUGUGUGUGUGUGUGUGUGUGUGUGUGUGUGUGUGUGUGUGUGUGUGUGUGUGUGUGUGUGUGUGUGUGUGUGUGUGUGUGUGUGUGUGUGUGUGGCAUCUUCAAAGCAUGUUGACGACCCCUUGCUGUGGGACAAUAAACCAGACUGAGGCAGUUUACCAGCACUCACACACCUGGGAUUCCCACCUGACAUCGAUGGGCGUGGCUAACCAACAAGGCCUAAGUGGAAGGACACACCUACAGGGAAACAGCUAAUGAAGACAUGUAACACCUGGUGACAGCGACUGGAAUAUGUCCUGUUAAAAGUAAUGUUUUUAUUGUCUAAACAGAAAAUGUAGAAAUUUUGGCUGGCGGGAUACACAUGCCCUUUACAAUUCACGUAUGGUGAGAAUUUGAAACACUGAGCAAGGAAUCAAUUCUAUUUGAAAAACCAGUUCCUCUAAUGGUGUAUGGUUUGAAGUCAAAUGUGCAAAUAAACACUGUAGCACAAUAUUGAUUUUUGAGAUGCUACAUUCA